AUUCACGUCAGCCCCUCGUCUCUUCCCUCCUUCCUGCUACACUCAACCAGGACCCGCCGCUCAAACUGUUUUCCCAUGUUCACGUUAGCCACGGUCACGUCGCCACCAUAAACCGAUUUUGGAACCAGGCUUCAAAAUGAAAAUGUACGUGCCGUGUUGAUGAUUAUGUGACGGUCUCCGCGUUACGGACGGCUGUCUGUCAGUGCGGGGCUUUUCCUGGGUUGGACCGAAAACCAACGGUCGAUGUAGGAGGAGGCGAGCCGGCGCCUGGGUAGAUGUGAGCCCAAGGUAAUGGCCAGGCUGGUGGACAUAGGCACACAGACAGAUCCAGUAGUCGUGCUGUCCUUGGCCCAGGCCGCCGUGCUAGGUCUCAUCUCCCAGAAUGAAGUGUUUGGAGCUACUAUUGCACCUAACGGCUUCUACACCGGUGAACCCAAAGAGUCCCCAGCGCCCCCAGUAGACGGAGUUGACUACGAGUACGCAGACCAGCUUAUCGGAGCUAACGGAGAUUACUUAGGAGACAACUUGGGGGAAGACGGACAGAUGCAACCCAGCUGCAGUCAGAGAAGGUGGCAACAGGGGCCGCCUCAACACCUAGACGGGAAAAUGGUUGGCCCUGAUCGUCACGGCCUUCAAGGCAGUGACGUGGCCCCGUCCCAUGUGAAAGGGGAAGUGGUGAACUCUGGAGUGUCCCCCUGUGUCCAUAUGCUUAACAACAUGGCUCCCAGAGGCGGUUUAGUACAAGUGGAUCCCAACGUCCUCAGAAGCAGUAACAAGAACUGUGCAGAGUGUGAGCGGGAUGUGACUAACCAACAGCAAGCCAACACACACGGACACCCACCGCCCUCACAGGUUGGCCACAGAGGAGGCGAGCAGGCCCACCGAGGCCUGCAAGGCCAGCGCCCUAUGGGAAGCCAUGGUCGAGGUGGCAGAGAGGAUGAAGAAGAGGUAGAACACCAGGGGAACAACAUGAUGAAGCCCACGCAGCAAGAGGAAGCCAUCAGCAGCUACUUCCAGAGCAGUGAGGUGGGCAGCUAUGAUUCGGGGGAAAUGGGUAUCGGGAGCGAGUACGAAGAGAGUGGCCAGAGCAUGAUGUGGACAGACGGGAGCGGAGGAGGGCAGCACCAGCCGCCUCCGCACCCGCAGCCUCCCCGUCGGCACGGCGGUCGCCGCGUAGAUCGUCUCGAUAUCAACAUUCAGAUUGAUGAAUCUUACUGUGUAGACGUGGGAGACGGCCUGAAGCGCUGGAAGUGCCGCAUGUGUGACAAAUCGUACACCUCGAAGUACAACCUGGUCACGCACAUCCUGGGUCACAAUGGCAUCAAACCGCAUGCCUGUCCACACUGUGGGAAGCUUUUCAAGCAGCCCAGUCACCUCCAAACCCACCUGCUCACGCACCAAGGUACGCGGCCUCACAAGUGCACCGUCUGCAAGAAGGGCUUCACUCAAACCAGCCACCUGAAGCGACACAUGCUCCAGCACACCGACGUCAAGCCCUACAGCUGCCGCUUCUGCCGCCGCGGCUUUGCCUAUCCCAGCGAACUGCGAGCGCAUGAGGUGAAGCACGAGCGGGGUCGGUGCCAUGUGUGCUCGCAGUGUGGCAUGGAGUUCCCCACCUACGCCCACCUCAAACGCCAUCAGACCAGCCAUCAGGGCCCCCACACCUUCCAGUGCACCGAGUGCAACAAGUCGUUUGCUUACCGUAGCCAGCUCCAGAACCACCUCCUGAAGCACCAGAGCCCAAGGCCUUACACCUGCUCCCAGUGCGGCCUGGAGUUUGUGCAGCUCCACCACCUGCGUCAGCAUUCACUCACUCAUAAGGGAAUGAAAGGCCACAAGUGUGAUGUGUGUUCGCGAGAAUUCACCCUGUCGGCGAACCUGAAGAGGCACAUGCUCAUCCACAACAGCGUCAGGCCCUUCCAGUGUCACGUCUGCUUCAAGAGCUUCAUCCAGAAACAGACCCUCAAGACACACAUGAUCGUCCACCUGCCUGUCAAGCCAUUCAAAUGCAAGGUAUGUGGCAAGUCUUUCAACAGAAUGUACAACCUGCUGGGUCACAUGCACCUCCACGCUGGCAGUAAGCCCUUCAAGUGUCCUUACUGCACCAGUAAGUUCAACCUUAAGGGAAACCUCAGCAGGCACAUGAAGGUCAAACACGGAAUGGACGUUUCACCAGAGGGACAAGAAGUGCUUCCAGAAAUGGAAAACCAGGGGGAGUAUGAAGGACAGAACUUCGGCUUUACAUCACCAGACAAUAUGGACAAUGGUGGCUCCCAGAACCUCACUAAACUCACCACAGCCAACAUGGAGGACAUGGAGGAGUAUUACAACUUCGGCAAGGAUACGAGCAGCUACGCUACACCUUGAGUGGCGAUGGACCAGAGAACAUGAAUCUUGUCUUUCAAAGCAGAGGGGAAAUUAUUUGGAUACUGUUGUCAUCACUUUGGGAGACUUUGAGGAAAGGGUUUUUCUUUUAGUUUUGGCCUCCUUCCAGAAGAGCCAGAAACUGCCAGACUCUGAUGGGGAGGCCAGGAGAACGAGUCACGCUUCAAAGAAGACGUUUCAGCUCUGUUGCAUUAUGGCAGUGACACUGAAGCUACUGACGACUCGCUUUAGUCUGGAGCUCUUUUUUUUUUUUUGGGAUAACUACUCUAACUGACUCCAGGACUCUUAGCGGACAGUCAAAUCUGUAUGUUGUGUGUAUGUAUCUUUUAUUUCAAAAGAAGAAGAAGAAGAAGAAAAAAAACAUGCUGCAGUUGCAGAGCCAUCGGUUACAUUUGAUGUGGUAGAAAACUGUUUACUGUUUUGCCAGCGUUGUCACUCACUCACUCCCAGUGUAUGCUCUUAUAUUUUUGACUGAAAGUGCCAGUUAGAUACAUUUGCAACUAAGCUUCCACCGCGUCGGCUAUUUACUCACUGUAUACUGAAAUUUUCAUACGUAGUCACAACAUAUUCAUAGGUGUGAAUGCUAUUAUGAAACAGUUCACAGUCGCGGUCGCCCCGUUCCUGCCCAGCCCUCGGCUAAAAACUUAAAACAGAGAUGAGAUGAGAUUCAACUUUAUUGUCAUUACUCAAAUCCAAGUUUCGUGGUAACGAAAUGAGGUUUGCAUCUCACCAGUAGUGCAACAAGCAGAAAGUGCAAGAAACGUCGGGGUGUAGGAUGUUAAAGUGAAACUGUUUCCGUACGAACGGACCCAAAAUUAACAAGAAAAUCACUGCAAAAUUGCAAAACAGGCCAGUCUUUGAGUGCAUUUGUGCUUCGGCACAGGCUGUUGAAGCCUUUUUCUUACGAGGACACGUAGUAACACUUGUCCCAUGUUGGCUGAAUCCAGAAAACCCGUGUUGCCGGCAUGUUGAGCCCUCUCACUGUACAAAUGAUUCUGUGACAUGCUGCGCGUUAACCCACAGGUUGUGUUUCACAUUGGUUUUGCUUUACAUUAAUAAUCAAUCCUGUGUAGUCGGUAUACUGCUCUAGUUCUUGAAUUACUGAGUGAACAAUACAAAGCACUUUCUUUCAAAGAGAACUGUCAUUUUUCUGUGAAGCCCGUCUUCAGUAAUUUCCCUAAAGGAGAAGAAUUUGGGAAAAUAGCCCAUAAUGGCAAUAUUAUAAAAAAAAAACAACAACAAACGUAGUGUGUGUUCUCAGUAGUGCAGAUUCUUCCAUGUGGGUUUUACACAGUUGUCAAUUCAGAUGUGAAUUGAAGAAUGGGUGAGUCUUGGAGAUUAUCUGCGUUUCUGAGCUUUUUGUUGUUAUUGUUAUUCUUAAAAUCAGGACUGUUUUCACUUAACUUUCAAUUCAAUAAAUCCAGAGAUACAUUUUCCUUCUGAAGGAAAACAAAACACCAAAAUGGUGAUUAAAAAGCAACAUGCUGAUGUAGAAAAAAAAAAAUGGGGGAAAGAAACAUUAGUUCAUAGACUCCGUGGUUACAUUUUGUAAUGGUUGAAUUGAAAGUUGACUGACAGUAGUCCUACUAUUCAUAUAUCUGUUUUGGGGAAAACAGUCAGCUCCCCCUGUCCUGCCAUGCAGGUCAGCUCUGAUAUGCACACUAAACCAGAGGAAUGGUCUACUUGUUCUUUUUCAUAAUGAGGAACCUCAUGAAUAUUGACCAUUAAUUAUUUAAUAAAGGUUCUCUAGUUAAAUGAUGGAGACUGGACUUGUAA